UAACUCCUCUACGCUUCUCUCUCUGCAAUUACUCUUUAGGAGCAUCUCUCUUUAGAAUAUUGAGUAUUGCUAACUUGAGCGUCGGAGUGUUUUCCCCGAGGAAACAUCCUUGGGAAUUUAGGUGUGGGAGCAGUUGAAGGUAUCAACAGUGUUGAAUCACGAAGCUGCCCAAAUAUUUGGUGCCGUCUAUGGGAAACUGAACAAAAAAGAGCUGCGACUUAACUAGCUCGAGCUGAAAAUGGUACGAACCUUCACAGGAAACUGCCCCCCACGAGGCAACAUGGACGAGCAGGAUAAUACUCAGCUUUUGGAAAGUGAUUUGAAUGACUUCCAACCAAUGCCAAGAAACCUUUUCGUGGGAGGAGCAGAACAAGAACAGUCAAAUACUUCGGAUGAUGAACGAACACCCACUAGGUAUGCAAUCCAACCUGAAGAACAGUUUCAUGUCCCCGCAGAAGCCAAGCGAAGGCAUCCUAGGCAAAAUGCUUCACGACUUGAGAGGUCCAUGGAAGCUGCUCGGACGUCCGAGCUAGAAGAAAGAACUAGAGUUUUAGAAAUGGCCAUAGGAAAAAUCCUCUCUCGCUUGAUUCCUGAUGAUCCAUUAAUCCCUUUCCUAAACAGGGGUGAACAACCUGCUACAAAGGAGAUUAAACGUACCGCUAUUGAAUUAAUGCAAGUUCAUCAGAGGGAAAGAGAGACUUUACAAGACUAUAUGCAAAGAUUUAACAAAGCCACCCUGGACAUUGAUAAUGUCCCUGAUACCAUCUGUUUGUCGGCCCUACUACACGGCUUGAAACCUGGUCGGUUCCUAGACGACCUACUAGAGAAUCCACCGAAGUCGUGGAAUGAAGUAAAUGAUAGGUCAACAAGUUUCAUACUGUCAGAAGACUUCCAAUCGUUUAAACGGCGAGCUAACGAUAAACAAAGUAACGAACAUAAGCAACCUGAAAUAAGGGAAGAGAAGAAAAAGCAGAAGGUGGGCGAACAGAAAGGAAAGCCACCGUCAUUCCCGAGAUAUGCCAAUUAUAUCCCUCUAAGCUCGUUAAGAUCUCAAAUGUUGGCGCAGAUACAGCAUUGGGUCAAAAGACCACCUCCUCAGACACAUGAAUACCUAGGAGCUGACAGGAGCAAGUACUAUGACUAUCACCGGGGUUACGGUCAUAACACAGAUGACUGUCAGAGUUUGAAGGACGAGUUGGAAUUCUUAGCUUGCAAUGGGAAAUUGGAAGGAUACGUCCAGAAACCUUAUGCUCAGCAACCCAAUCAGACACACUUUGUGUAUGAAUAUUCCCGAUCUCAGGGACAGGGACAAGGAUAUCAGCUCGGACAGGGACAGAAACCUUCUGCACAGCAUCCAAAAGAUCACAAAGGGGUAGGUUACAGAGGGAUACCCCCACCGUCUAGCACAAUCAACAUGAUUUCGGGUGGCAUGCAUUCAGGAGGACAAAGUGCCAGAGGACGUAAGACUUACGCUCGUCAAGUGAUGACAGUAGAUAAAAACAGACCUCUAAAACGACCAUUUGAAGAAGCCGAAUGGGAGAACACACCCAUCACCUUCAGUCCUGCUGAUUAUAAACGAACAAGGGAGGAGCCUGAUAUUAUGAUGCCCCAUGCAGACCCCUUUGUAGCACCAGUGCACAUAGGCAAUCAUAACGUUAACAAAGUCUUCAUUGAUACAGGUAGCUCUCCGGAUAUCUUAUAUUGGAGCUGCUUUCAGAAGAUGCAAUUAAACCCAGCUUCUAUGCAUAGAUAUGAAGGGCCGAUAUACGGAUUUGAUAAUCAGCCCGUUCAGGUAGAAAGGGUGAUCACUCUUCCAAUCUAUGUAGGUACAGAGCCGCGAUUCAGGAUGGCGUCUGUCAGCUUCUUGGUGGUUAAGAUGGAGUCAGCAUACAAUGCCAUAAUUGGGAGAGCCACGCUGUGCAAGCUGAAAGCUGUCAUUUCCCAGCCACAUCAUGAAAUGCCUGGAAUUUCGACAGAGUUGGCAGUCCAUAAGCUUAGCACUAACCCGACCAGAAGACCCGUGGUGCAAAAACGCCGCCUGAUGGGCCUAGAGAAGCAAGCAGCAAUAGAUGAAGAGAUACAAAAGUUGUUGCAAGCAGGUUUUAUCAGACGGGUUAACUACUCACAAUGGGUGUCCAAUCCUGUGCUUGUCAAGAAGCCCAAUGGCAAGUGGAGAAUGUGCAUUGACUUCACCAACUUGAAUGAGACAUGCCCUAAGGACCCCCACGCAUUGCCUAAUGUUGAAAAGUUGGUAGAACGAGCUGCUGGUCAUAAGCGCCUGAGUUUUUUGGAUGCCAGUUCCAGUGUGCGAGCUGAGGAUCAUAUUGACGACCUGAAUGAAACAUUUCAAAACCUGCGCCGAGCACAGAUGCGGUUAAACCCAUUAAAAUGUACAUUUGUUGUAGAAUCGGGCAAAUUCCUGGGGUAUGUGGUGUCCAAGAAAGGAAUUGAGGUCAACCCCGAUAAGUUUGUGGCUGUGCAGCAGAUGGAACCUCCUAAGACUGUGAAAUAUGUACAGCGUCUAACAGGUCGUCUUGCCGCCCCGCACAGAUUCAUAGCCAGGUCGGCAGAAAAGUGCCUCCCAUUCUUCAGAGCUUUGCGAGAGCCAAAAAGCUUCCAGUGGACGAAUGAAUGCCAACAAGGCUUCGAUGAGCUUAAGCAAUACCUGGCAUCCCCACCUUUGCUCUCCAAGCCUGUUGAAGGAGAAAGGUUGUACUUAUAUCUGGGGACAACAGAUGAGGCGGCUGCUUUUGAACUCGUCUGCAUCGCCCGAAAGCUGAUGGCUUAUUUUCAAUCUCACGAAAUCAUUGUCUACACCGACCUACCGCUAAAAAAGAUAUUGCAGAAACCAGAGCUUUCUGGUCGGCUAAUUAGAUGGGCGAUCGAGCUGAGCGAAUACGACCUCAAAUUUCAACCACGCACAGCCAUCAAGGAUGGGGCUGCGAGCGUUGAAGGAUCAGGGGCAAGGACAGUGCUAAUAUGUCCAAACGGUUUAAAAUCUGAGCACGCAUUGAGGUUCAGCUUUAAGACCACAAAUAACACCGUCGAGUAUGAAGAACUCAUCUAUGGUCUAAAGCUGGUGUCCGUGCUGAAAGCACAACACAUAAGAGUCUUCAGUGACUUCCAGCUCAUAGUAAACCAAGUAAACGGAAGUUGUGAUGUUAGAGAUCCUCAGCUCAGCCGCCACGCCCCUGUGGUCAGCAAUAUGAAGGCAAACUUUACUUCGUUUCGGAUUGAUAAGAUACCAAGGGCAGAUAAUAGACGAGCUGAUGAGUUGUCGAAGUUGGCUUCGUUGCAAGAUAUCAAUCCUCAUAGGACGACAGUUGUUGAGAUCCUAGAUGCACCGAGCUACAUUGACUUGGGGGACGAGUGCCUGGUGUUGAGUACAUAUCCCUCAUCGCUGAGCUGGACUACGCCGCUGAUUAAUUACUUGCGAAAUGUGGCUCAGCCAAACCGUUUAUGCACAGGUUUGGUAUUCCCAGACGAAUCAUUGUCGAUAAUGGACCUCAAUUUCGAGUUGCGGCCCUCAGGUCGUUUUGUAAUGAUUAUGACACAUGUCCUAGCCGCACACUCCAAUUGGGUUGACGAGCUCAACAAAGUAUUAUGGUCAUGUCGUACAACUCCCAACUCGGCUAUUGGAGAAACCCCAUUCUCCCUUGCUUGUGGGACUGAGGUUGUUCUUCCUGUGGAAGUAGGUUUAUCCACUAAUCAAUCUGCCCGGCAUGAUCAUCCUGAUAACGAGCAAUUCCUCAGAGAAAACCUAGACCUAGUGGAGGAGGUUAGGGAAGCAUCUAGGAUUAAAAACAUGGUGUAUCAAGGCCGCGUCGCCAGGUUUUACAAUAAGCGAGUGCGAGCUCGCCAGUUUCAGGUUGGUGACUUAGUGUUACGGAAGGUUGGACUCACUAAUGCGUAUUCACACAUGGGCAAGCUUGCUCCUAAUUGGGAAGGUCCUUGCAUGGUUACUCAAAUUAAGCGACCUGGGUCUUACAUUUUAGCAGAUUCACAAGGUCGGCGGUUACCAUUCACGUUGAACGUUCAUAAUCUUAGGAAAUAUUACAGUUAAUUUGUGUUGUUUCUUAACAUAUGGAAAGGUUGGACAAUGUGUGAAUGCAAUGCAAAUAGUACACACAAUAUUCUAAAAAAUUGUCUAGUUGUAUUUCUUGCAAAUGUGUUACAUGUAGUAUCAAAGCAAGUACAAAAUCUGUCAUAAACAAGGAAAUAUUAA